AUGGUUUCUUCAUCUAACGGCGGAGAUGAGAUCUUCGACCGGCUUCGAAACCCGGAGGUGGACCCAAAGGUGCUGGAGGAGCGCAAGAAAGCUGUCAAUGAGCGGAUAAGCAACAUCUACCAGAAGGCCCAGGCUCGCCUUGCUGAAUUGAUUGACCAGAAUUCGACCCUACCAUGCACCAUCUCCUCCGUCCAAGUCCUCAAUGCGCCGCAUACGAGACGAGGCUUUCUCGAGAAGGCUCUCAGCCCUUUGCUAAAGGAAAAUAAAGACCGCACACUUACCCUGGCCGAGACUCUGGAGGAGGUGUCAAAAUGCACAGACAGGCUAAGUCAAUUCGACAUCUUCGAACAUCCAAUUGGGAUUCACCUCGAUAAGCCGUCACAAACCGACCCAAGCACUACUCCUACCGACCUCAGCAUAUAUCUUGCUACCAAAGAGAAAUCUAGGCUUCUUGUGAAAACCGGAACCGACCUUGGAAACGCAGAAGGAUCGGCAUAUGCAAACGUCCUCUGGAGAAAUAUCCUUGGUGGUGCAGAAACCUUGAAUCUCAAUGCUUCCCUUGGCACGCGCACGAGGUCAUCUUACCAGGCCAUUUUCGAAACCCCGAUUCUUAGUGAUCCCAACUUCCGAUGGGAGACCGGUGUCGUCGCGAGUGAUACAAAGAAACCCUGGUCAAGCCACGAAGAGGUGUUAAAGGGCGGCUGGACCAAGCUCCGGUGGCUGAAUGGCCAUGGCCACCGACAAGAGCUGGCUCUCAAUGGCUUCUGGCGCCAGGUCACCGGUUUGGCUACCGAUGCGUCUUUGGGCGUUCGUGAAAACGCCGGAGAUAGCGUGAAGACCAGCAUCUCGCAUACGUGGGUUAACGAUCGUCGGGAUAACCCUAUUCUACCCACUAGAGGAUUUUAUGCAAAGACUCUAAACGAACUGGCUGGAUGGGGUCCCUUGAAAGGAGAUGUAUCUUUCUGGAAGUCGGAAGUGGAAGCUCAAACAGCGAUUCCAGUCCCUAUUCCACUAGUUAAGAAAGAUUGCGGAAUAAGUUUCACAUCGAGCUUCCGUGCCGGCCUCCUCUACCCGUUGGGCCUUGACUCCGACCCCAAGCCUCAACUCUCGAGGAUCAACGACCGCUUCCAACUUGGAGGACCAACAGAUGUCCGUGGCUUCAGGCAAUGUGGCCUCGGACCUCGUGGCGGCUCAGAUGCGCUAGGUGGUGAUGUAUAUGCUGCUGGAAGCGCUAACCUCUUCUUCCCUCUUCCCCGGGUUGGCGCAGACAAACCUUUCCGGCUCCAAGCCUUCGUUAACGGUGGCCGUCUUCUUGCUCUGAAAACACCCUCCGGUGCAGCUCCCACUACCCAUGCCGAGGUUCGGGAGAGCGUCUUCCAUACCUUUAGCGAGCUUCAGAACGGCCUCCCAAGUGUUGCUGCCGGAGUAGGACUUGUUUAUGCCCAUCCUGCCGCCAGAUUUGAACUGAACUUCUCGCUGCCGCUUGUCGUUAGGAAAGGAGAAGAAGGCAGAAAAGGCCUUCAGCUUGGAGUCGGAAUCAGCUUCUUGUAG